UUCAACACUGAAGCUAUUCACCCUAAGAAGCCCUCUAAAGCCAUAUAUAUGCAAGUGUUGGAUGGAGUAGGAGAACCAAUCACAGGAUCGGUUACAAAAGAUGGCUUAGACUCAAGAGAAGGGAAUCGUACUGAUGAUGCAACAGCAAAGCAAUUGUACAUUUUGCUGUGUUCUGAGAAAGCUUUGUAUGUCUAUUCUUUUGUGCAUGUUGUACAGGGAGUUAAAAAGGUGCUUUACAAGAAGAAAUUUCAUUCCUCUUCCUGUUGCUGGGCAUCAACAAUUUACAACCUCUCUGAUAUCAGUCUUCUUCUCCUUUUCACCAAUGGGAAAGUGGAAUUAAGGUCUUUGCCAGCUUUAUCUCUGAUAGCGGAGACUUCAAUUAGAGGUUUCACUUAUUCACCACCAAAAUUGAAAUCAUAUUCUGAUAGCCAGAUAUGUUGUUCACGCAAAGGAGAUCUUGUUUUGGUGAAUGGUGAUCAGGAAAUUUUUGUUGUCUCAUUGUUGGCCCAGAGGAAUAUUUUCAGGCUUUUGGACUCUGUUAGCUGCGUCUACAGAAAGGAAAGAAUGCUAUCAGAAGAAGAGCAUGGUCCUAGCCCUGUAAUCGAUAAGGAAAAGAAAAAGGGUAUAUUCAGCUUCGUUAUAAAAGAUUUUACAAGUAGUAAAGAAAAGCAUGGACCCCUCAUGGGUAAAGAAGAUCCCAAAGAAAACAUACGGGAACUCUCAGCAGUAUUCUCAAAUGCGAACUUUGCAUGUUACGAUAAUGAUGAUAAACCAACAGUGGAUGAAAGUGAGCUUGAAUUAAACAUAGAUGACAUUGACUUAGAGGAUCAUGAAGAAAAACGCAAAGAACAAAGCAUAUUAGGAGCUCUUAAUAAGAAGAAAUUGGUUGGAAAAUUUCAGUCUCUGAAAGGAAGGUUGAAAGAAAUGAAGGGAAACUACCAGAAGGCAUCAGAUAAGGAAGGGCACCAGGAGGAAAAAGAUGGUGCGCUGGAUCAAAUUAAGAAGAAAUAUGGAUUUUCUUCUUCUUCCAAUGAAACAACCGCUGCUAAACAGGCACAAAUCAAGCUUCAUGAAAACACAUGGAAAUUGCAGGGUACCAACCUUCGUUCCAGAGAGAUGCAAGAUACAGCAAAAUCAUUUUCAUCAUUGGCAAAACAAGUGCUCCGAACUGCUGAGCAGGAUAGACAAAGUUGACAAGAUCUAUUAGUUAUUCGAUUAUACUUAGGUCAUACAUUAUUUAUUUUUUUAAUU